UCUCUGGUCAUCCACCCUCUGCUUGCUGUGGACUUUUGGAGGGAGAGUGAGGAGAGAGGCGGACGUUUAUUUUUAAAUUUGCUUCAUUUUUUGUUCUUUUUCGGGGUCUCCUUCGGAGGUGUGAUUCAGAAGCAUGUCUGAGAGUAUAGUGCGAAAGGUCCAGCCCUUCACCAUCGGGACCAAGCUGUCCAUCCCAGCUGUAGCCAAAUGUCCAGAAUUCACUGAUCCCUUUUUGCCGAGCCAGCCGCUGGAUAACCGGAAGCUGCCCCGCAACCUGAACGACCGGGUAUCUCUGUUUCUGGGCCAGGCUCGGGCGCAGGGGGGCCACGCAGAGAGCCGCUUCUCGCCUGUGGCAGCCAGGGUGGCGCAGGUGGAGCGGCAGCGGGAAGAGCCGACCGAGGAGGACGACGUCAACAGGAACGCCGUUUCUCCCACGGUUGCUUCCAGAUCCAUCCGAAAGAUCACCAUCUCGGGAAGUGGGGAGACUUCUGGGGAUGUGGCCAAACUGCCAGGGGCGCGGGCGUCCCCAGAGCUGGAAAAAAUCAACAACAACAACAACAACAACAACAUCGGCGUCAAGGGCAUCCCCAGGAUUAUAGGGGUGACCUGUGAAAACAAACCUCAUUCUCACUUCAAGGUUUUACUCAGGAAAGACGCUAAAGAUGAGCAACAGAGUCCGACAAGCCAAGGGGGGAUUGGAUUACAGCCCUCUGGGGAUAAAGCCAAUAAGGCCCCCGUGCCCAGGUCAGCAUCACCCAGGAGAUGCCCACCGAAGAGGGAGAGUCCGACCUCCAGAAACACGGCCGUCCUCUCCGGCGUCAAGCCUGUCGCCGCCCAGACUGACUGCAGCUUCACCAAGCGCAACGCCCUCUUCAACAAAGAAGUCCUGCAGGCAGAGGAGUGGAUCAAGGCCAAGCUGAGGGACCUGAAAGAUGGCUGCAGUGUACAAAGGUGUCCGUUGCAGGACUGGGAGCAGGUGUCCCAGACCCUCCAGAGGGAUCUCAAGGACUUUGAGAACAACCUCAUCCAGCUGAACCAGAUGGGGGAGCAGCUGGUCUGCUGGGCGAACCCCACCUCGGAGCUGGUGAAGAAGCAGCUCGCCCAGCUACGGGAGCAGUGGCAGGCGCUGAAGCAGAUGGCCGCCGGCCAGGCCAGGGCGCUGGGCGGGGCACGCAGCCUGCAGGAGUUCAACCAGAAGGUGGACCGACUGGAGGUCUGGAUAAAGGAAAAGCAGGAAGAGGAGCAGUCGCUGGUGAAAGGCCUGGGGGAGAAUAUCGACAAAAUGCAGCUGACGAGAAGAAUCCUGGAUUUGAAACAGGAUGAGCCACAUUACAGGGCUCUGCAUGAGGAGAUCAAUCACUUGGCGUUAAAACUGGAGAAGCAAAGCAAGACGGAGAGUAAGAACAUCUCUGUCAGGAGGAAGCAUAUCAAUAAAAUGUGGCUGAAGGUUCAGACUCUUCUUAAAGACUACCAUGAAAGUCUGCAGCUUGCCUUGGAGGUGUCUUCCUUCUACCAACAGGCGGACAGCAUCCUCUGUGCCAUUAGCGAUAAGGGUAAGAGCAUUUGUGCCCCCGAUGACUGUGGGAGCAGUGGAGACCGAGAGAUCAGGGAUAUUGCCAGUCAAAUCAUGAUGCUGGACGUGACCGUUUCUCAGUUGUCAAACCUCCACCCAGCCCUGGCGAGCAGGGUGGUGCAGAAGCAGAGUGAAGUGAGGGACGCCUGGGCUGUCCUCCAGAAGGCCAUCAGGAAAGAGAAGCCGAUCCCUCCCUCACCCGGCUCCGAUUUCACCAGGGAAGAUGGUGACCCCGCGACCCCAACCGGCGAGUCCCAGGGCAGCGUGGGAACGGAGACGCUCAGGAUUAUGGGAAAGGAGGUCAAAGAAGAGCAGAACCGACUCAAAGGAUGUGUGGGUGCGAGAGACGUUGGAAGUGGAGAAAUGCCGGUAGACAGCCAAGAAGCGGAGGCAUUUCCGAGGAGCUGCGCCACUCAAGUGCCAGGAAGUGGCUCCGGUCACGCAGAUGAUGUCAUCAGGAAGAGCCAAGCAGAAGGGGAAAGAGCAGUGCCAAAGGAGACCAAGCCCGGAGUGGCAGCUGCACGUGGCCAAUCACAGCUGUAUACUCAGCUUCAGAAGUUCACCGUGUCUGCAGAUAAGACUCUCACUUGGCUGAAAAACAACGUCGCCAUGGCGACCCACAUCUGCUGUACCGCCAACCUGGAUGGGUUCGAGGCUGCGAAGAGGUGCCAGGCCGCCCUUGAAGAGGAGAUCCUGUCCAACGGGGCUAGAAUUGAGGUGGUCAAAAAGGAGGGUCGGAGUCUGGUUCGAGCCCAGCAUCCCGGGAGUGCCAAGAUCGAGGAGUUCCUGGGCCAGCUGGAGGCGCUGUGGGAGGAGCUAAAGAGGAGGCACCAGAGGAACGUGGUAGUGCUGCAAGAGUCAGAGAAGCUCAACCUGAAGGCCAUGAACGUCCUGAAGGACCUGAACACCCUGGAGACUUGGCUGCAGUCGGUGGAGUGCUCCAUCCGGCAGUCCUCACUCGCUGGAGACCCCGAAUCCAUGAGCGCGGCCGAGCGGGAGAGCUGUCUGCUGGAGAGGGAGGUGUCAUCCCGGGGCCUGGAGCUGUGUGUGCUGCGGCAGGAAGUGGACAAGCUGCGCUGCCGCCGUCACGCCCACGCUGAGCGGCUCCCGGCACGCAUGGCCGAGGUGGAGGAGAAGUACCGCAGCGUGCACAGCGCCCUAACACAGCAGAGUGCCGAGCUGCAGGACACACGCAUGCUCACAGAGUUCCUGGAGCGUGUGGAACUGGAGGAGGGCCAGGCGCUGCAUGGAAGCCAUGGCGACAACCCAGGCCAGCCUCUCCAGCCUGACCUGGAGGAGCGGCCUUCCCUCACAGGCCCGGCUGGCGUCCCUCUUAUGGAGGACAUCGGUGACCCCGUGGAGGAGCUCCGGGAGGCCGUGGUGAUGCUCAAUGACACAGCGAGGGAGAGGGGCCGCUCAUUGUCUCAGGACCAGGGAAUUCAGGAGCUGCUGUCCCGGUACUCCUCCCUGGGCGUGCGGAUCCAGCAAGGCCUGUCGCGGAGCGAGGAGCUCAGCGGCAUCGUCCAGGAGGCCGAGACGGACAUGGCCGUCAAGUGCGAGCCGCACCGCUGUGGCCUGCACAGGCUGCGGGAGCAGCAAGAUGAGCUGGAGGUCGACUACGAGGUGCUCAGAGAGGACGUGGAAGAGGCGCGGCGGUCAGCAGCUUGGCUCCAGGUGCUCUGCCCGGACAGGAUGCAUGCGCUGGACGGCGAGGCCCGAGCCACACUGCAGGCCUGGGAGAAGCUGGGUACGGCCAUGGCGGAGAACCGGGCACGGCUGCAGAACUUCGCACGGCUGCAGGAUUUCUUCCAGAACUACCUGGCCAUGAUCUCAUGGACAGAGGACACCCGGGCACGUAUCUUUGACAACGUCGGGCAUCGUGGGAGUGCGAGCCAGGAGCCGACCGUCACAGAACUGGACUUGAUGAUCGAGCAGAAGUUUGAGGAAUUCGAUGUCCUGGCUGCAGCUGGGCAGGAGCUCAUCGAUGAAGAGCAUCACCUUACCAAUAUGAUCAGAGAGAGGACAGAGGAACUGCAGAGCAUGCUGGGAUGGAUCCUGGUGCGCUGGAGAGCACAGAAGCACCAGUGGCAUCUUGGGAAACCAAAGUUGGAGCCUAAGGAAGAUGUGAUUUACUCAGAGGCCACAGUUUGUACUCCAGCUCAACAGAGCGUGUCUCCGCAUUGCGGGACCCAGCAGACUGCCAAGGUGGCUGCCGCCGGAGACACAAGUGGCCGGCGUGAAGGAUGCGGCUGGGAGCAGUCAGAGAGUGGAUACGAGGUUAUGGGCAGCAUCAGUCCCAACGAGAAAGGAAGCGGUGCAGGCUCCCCCGCUGAGACCCAUCAAGAUCCAAUGGCCAUCGAGACAUCUAGGUCACCCUUCCUUGUCAUGAAAGAGCCAAGCGCCCCUGCACUGGGAGGCACAGUCAACCUCAUCCUCAGUUUCAGUAAAAUGGGGGACAGCCAGCUGCAGGUGCAGGAAGCCAUGGAAGAGGCAGAGGUCACUGAGCCGGUUCAUAGGCCUGCUGAGUCUCCCUCCUCUGCCUGUAAAAACUUUUGGAGCCGUUGCCAGGGCCUUUUGGGAAAUACGUUCGGUAGUUUAAAGCGAAAGAGAAAGAUUUACCGGCAGAGUGCAGACGAGGUGAGUACCUACUUGCAUGUUAAGGACAACAAAGCCGCCUCUUCUGAGUACGAGAACAUUACUCUGCCCCGCAGUGCCACUAAGGUUAAGGUGCCAAUGGCUUCCUCAUCCUCCUCGGGCUCCUCUUCCUCUCUGCUUAAGAGCAGCCCCAGCUCCGUCAUCGACAGCCUGAAGAGGAGGAGCAAGAAGCGGAAGAGGAAGGGCGAGGAGAGGAGGCACACCAUCCAGAGGGUAAUGGGGGAGGAGCUGGCAAAAUCUGUGCCCCCCUCUUUGGUCCAGCAAGUUAUACACAGCACAAACACUUGGCCUCUAAAGGAGAGGAAGAAGGUCUCAAAAGAAGUAGCCUCCUCAAGUGGCACGGAGACCCAGGACUAUGUGAAGAACCCCAUAUUGAAGGACAUAGAUGCUGAAUGUACAGGAGACUCACUUCCUGUCCAGCCUGGUGUAGAGAAAAGCCCAGGUUCAACCCCGGCAGAGCAUGGCAAGAACCACUGCAGAUACCUGUCUCUGGGGUCCAUACUGAGCUUUGACCUGCCCAAAGAUUUCAGCUUGAUCCCCAGCAUCCCCGAUGUCAUAACCAUUUUCCCUGCAGAUCCUAAAGGAACAGACCACCUCAGAAAUUACACGGACCCCCUUGACCCCAACGGCCGCUAUUCUUACACGGAGAGACACACGACAAUGACUACAUUCAAACAAACACGUUCACCGCCUGUCUGCCGAGGAGAAGCAUCCAAACCCAGCCCAACAGGGAAGUUGACCACUCCUGUUAUAUCCCAUGGCAUUCCACCUCCAGAAAGAGUUAAGCCUUCUCAGAAUCAGAGUCAGACCACAGUCAGCAGUGACCUAUCAGAUCUCCAGUUGAGUUGUCUCUCAGAUGUCAGUGGCCAACAUGAACAACUAAGUCAAGAACAGGACAAAAUGGCUGUCAUUCUGGACUUCAGUGAACCCAUGCCCAGUGAAAGCUUUAUGCCAUCUGUGCUUAGAGAGAAAGAACACCUUAACAAGGAUGUUAAUUGCGACAAAUCUACUGUAGUUUCUGUGAACCAUAUGUGUCCAAGUGUCCACACCAAAGUUCAGGACCUCAAAGAACAUCGGUACCACAAGAAUUCCAUCUCAGGCGCAAAUGUAGCCUCCAAUAUUCGCAAGAGCCCCAGGGGUUCUGCAGGUGGGAUGGAGAGUUCAGUAGGCUUGGGAGCACAUAGAUCAGAGAACAUGAGGAUCUGCACUGAAGCGGCACACCAAGUGCCGUCUAACCUCCUUAGGGGGGUGGUGGGUAAAGCAAUAUUUGUACAGACAGAUAACUGUGAUGGGGAUCCUACUGGCUUCAAGAUGAAGGUAUUACCCACUGCAGAGGACAAUGUCCAUCCAGACCAUCAGCAGUUUGAGGAGGAGGAAGAAGAGCUGCAGGACAUCUGGAAUCAGACCAACAGCUACCGGCAGAGCAUAUGCUCUGACAUCAUGUACCAGACACACCAGGAAGAGACAACAAACUCUCCAGCCAGCCAGCCCCAAGAAGCACGCACCCAGGGUCAGGCCAUGCUCUACAGAAAACUUGUGACUGCCUCAGCACCCAACCUUCUGGUAGCAGAGUUCAGGCUACCACCUUCGGUCCAGUCUCUAUUAGGCUACAACAAAGAUCCAAAAAGAGAGAGCAAGAGCCUUUCCAAGGGGGACAGGAGGUCCUGGGCUGCAUUCCCCGAGAAAGAGCCAAUGAGCAGGCAGGUAUCACUGGUAAACGAGACAGCCUCCCAUUCCAUGAAGCUGCCUGACACAGAGGACCAGGAAAAAUACAUCUACCAUUACAGAGAGGAGGAGGAGGAGGAGGAGGAGGAUAAGGAUUUGAAAGAGGGCACAGGUUGUCCGAAGGGCCAGUCCAUGAGCCUGUUCUCAGUUCACAUGGGUCUAGAGGAAGAUCGCUGUCCGGCAAUUGGCUCGGACUGUGACAGAGAUGAACACGGAAAAACAACCAGCCCAGGAAGGCGCUGUAACUCAAUGAAUGGGAGGAAGCCUGAGUUCCAGUCAAUGGAGGGGACGUUGGAGAGGAAGCACAAGCUGCAAUUAGGAGGGAAGAGGGCUCCAUGUCGUGCCUGGAGCACAUACCAUGCCAUCCUGUUCAGGCAGACACUUUGCUUCUACCAAGACCGGAAGGACACACUGAAGAGCUCCGUGGCCGGGCUGCCCCUGAAUGUCACCGGAGCUGAAUGCGUGCCAGUUCCCGAGUACAGCAAACGGGCCAACUGUUUCAGCCUACGCCUACGGGAUGGGUCUGAAUACCUUCUCAGUGCCUCCUCCCGGUUUCUGAUGAAGAAAUGGAUGCUGAAAAUCCAAGCAAAUUCAGUACUCAGUGAGGCAGACCCCCCCAGACCUCUGCACCCAGCCUCGGUGGAGGACCGCACCCUCGAAACGGGUGGCGUCGUGCCGACCUCUCCGUCGGGGUGCAGCCAGGCGGGCACAGCCAAAGGAAAAGAAAUCGUGGUCCUACCCAGAGACAGCACUCAGAUUCCAGAUGGACACCGCAGGAACCUGCAGGACCUGUCGUCAGCCUCCUCUCCACACAAAGGAUAUUACUACGGCUCCCUGAGGCCGAGGCUGCCUCAGAGCCCUCCAGAGACUGCCCCCUCAAUUCCACGCACUUCUUCCCCUAGCAGUAAACGCCGCUCUCACUCAUUUACCUCAGCCACAUACCAGAAGAUCACCCCCGUGACUAUGCCCCCAGGCAGCCGCGAUGGCGGCUCUAGCUACACAGUGACUCUGUUCAUCAGAGACCAGCUCUCGGAGGCUGAGCCCGCCAGUUCGGGUCCAGAUCUGGCCUCGGCGACAUCCUUGACGCAGGGACCGCUCACGGACUCACCCCACGGUAGGAGCUACGCGUCCCUCCCGUGGCCACGGAACAAAUCCGUCUUCAAGAAGUUCUUUGGGAAGAGGGAGUGACCGCGGCGGGACCAUCCACGUGAUCGCCAACCUUUGCAAGGGAAAAUGGCGAACGAAUCCAUGUUAAAUCACUGAUGCCGCUGAGUGUUUAAGUUCCUGUGUGCAGAGCACAUUGAGUUGCCUUGUUUGUUCUUUGAAUAUUUAUGUUUGACAAGGAAAAUGGUUGAACCCACGCAUUUGCUGUUGCUCUGUUGUUUACCAUUUUUUGUUAUUCCUGCAGUUGUCACUUGUUUGUUCCCUUUCUUGACAUACACUCAAAAUGUUCACUUUGCGUGUACAAAUUCUUAAUUCAUUUCAAACGCAUACUCAGCUAGCUACUAAGUAAUCGUGAAACUCGAUUUAAAUCCCACUGAAAGACUAAUUUAACAGAAUAACGUUCACUAAAGAAACAUCCAGUACAGCUUCAUCGACUUGCCGUUCUUUUCUCAUGUUUUUAUGACGUUUUGUUUGAUGGAUGCAUUUUCCCAAAACUGUGCGGACCAGUCGAAUUAAAUACCAGAUUUGUAUAA